AUGCGUUCAAAACUUCCUGGUUACCCCCAAAAAACCAUGAAUCUCCUCUCCCAUUUUCUCCUAUCUCUCAUUUUUUGGAUUACUGUAGUUUUUGGAUCUUUCGAGCCAAAAAAGAAGAUUAUCAUCAAAAAGGAAUUUCUAUCUUCCUACUCUUCCUCCUCCUCUUCUUCUUGGUCUUCUGAAGAACAUCACCAUCACCAUAAGCGACGCCCCCAUAGGCCCCGCCCAUUUCCAAGUAGGCCACGCCCAUCGGCUCCUAGAAGAUGUCCAGAUGGUUGGGAGAUGUUUAAUAGGGCACAGGGAUCUUGGUGUGUAAAGGUAUUCUAUGGUCCUGGAACGCAAGCGGCUGCUCUACAAGGAUGUCAAGCUCAACAGGCAACACUCACCGGAGUUCAGGAUAAUACGGAGAGAUUAGCAAUUGCAGCUGCUGCUCGCCUGGUAAUCAACCAAAAUGGAGGUGGACAAGGAGAUGUGUGGUUGGGAGCAACACGAAAACCUACUUGCCCGGUUGCAUCAUCCUGUAAUGGACUAUUGACAUUCGAUUGGACAGAUGGAACGACAACUGGAAUCGCUGGAUUCAAAUUUGCACCAACUGAGCCGAAUGGGAUUAUUUAUCCAAAUUGGCACAACUCGAAUCCAUGGGGACAACAGAACUGUUUGGUGGAAUUGAUUAGUGGGAAUUCGGAAGUAGCAAAGUUUGGAUAUGCACAUGGUGAUAUGGAUGAUCAGCAUUGUCAGAAUACAUUUAGAAUGUAUGCAUGUGGAAAGAAGCCGUAA